AAGAGAUUGAAGACUAGAAUGGUGUGCUUUUCAAUGAAAGCAAGUGUUUUGUUGCGUAGCAACAGAAUUGAAAUGUGUAACUCAGUAUAACCUCGCAUACCAGUUAGCCUUGCUUGGGACAAUAGUAAUAUCGAGUUAUUUUGCUGUUUGUGGGUUAAUAUAUUAAUGAAAAACAAAGGACCCGGUGAAAAAAGAUGUACUGUACACUAGUGGCAGUGCAGGCUGCGGCAGUACUUUACCCAAAAGGCUUGUGUUAGUGACGUGUUUCUUAUAUGAAUUGGCACGUUUUCCAGUAUAUUUUAUUUGCAUUUGAUUUUACACUUCCUAGAAUAAACGGUUCAGUGUUAUAAGAUAAUUGAAUAUGAAACACGACAAAUUAUGAGACUGCAGCGCGAAUCUGCUUCCGCAUGAGGCGAUGAAAGUCUCUGACGUCACGGCCAUUGGUAUCAUCAAUUAUACGCUUUGCUGACUGCUGCUGGCUUACCUGUCAUCACCCAUCAUCUCUGCAGAAAAUGCAUACCCGAGCUCAGUGUGAAUCCAGGACAGGAGGGAUUGUCUAAUUCCUCAGUACACCAUUGGCCAGGGCAGCUCUAGCUGGGAAAUACAAGCCUUGCUGUCUGCUGGUGCACACACCUGGUUCAGCAAUGACUCCAAGUAUAGAUACUAAAUGCAGGCUAAGCAGGAAUAGUACAGCCCCCUGCUUUAGCUGAUAACACAUACGGUACCUACUGUGUAAGAUACAGAUUUGUGUGCAGGCGAGCUAGUAUGUGCUUUGUCAUGUUUCUUCGCGUAAUAGACAGGAGUUUGAUCACACUCUAGGAAAAAUAUCGACUAAUUUAUUUGUAAUUAGUAAGUUAUUGUACCUUGCGCAAGGGUACGACAGCCAUGCUUAUCCCCAGAACUGAACCUGCAACCUUCCAUCUAUAAAUCUAAUCCUAGCCAGAGGUUUACACUGCUGCCUCUGAGUGCCAGGCUCCUGAAUAUUGCAUGACGCCUUUGAUUUGUGAGAUGGUGCUGUCCAGCAUCACAGGCAUGCUGCACUGCACUGCGGGGCGAGCUGUGCUGGGUCUCUGUGUCUCUCGACAGCUGGCACCAUGGCUUUCCUCGCUGCGCAGUUCAACAUCUAAGGUCGUCCAGGUCAGCCCAGGCAAGGAGAACGAGGUGCUAGUGGAGAACUUGACCGUUCUAGGCGUGGACAUUAAAAUGGCGAGGAGACGGCAACCAGGCGUCCUUCGGAAAGUGAUCACUAACGAGCAGGGCCUUGCCCGCUUUCUGCAGGCCAAAGGGGCGAGCAGGGAGGUGGUGGCCAGCAUCAUCUCGCGCUACCCUCGCGCUAUCACUCGCUCCCACCACCACCUGGAAGAGCGCUGGAGGCUCUGGAGGAACGUCUUCAAGAGGGACGACGAGAUCGUGAAGAUCCUGGAGCGCUCGCCCGAGUCCUUCUUCCGCUCCAGCGACAACGCCAACCUUGAGAAGAACAUCGCCUUCCUGUGGUCCCUGGGCUUGACCUCCAAGGACCUCCACCGGCUCCUCACCACCGCCCCCCGCACCUUCUCCAACAGCGCCGAGCUCAACCGGCAGAUGGUGGAGCUGCUGCAGGACAUCUGCGUCAGCCUGGGCGGCACCGACCCGGAGCAGUUCAUCAAGCGGAUCAUCUCCCGGAACGUGUACAUCCUGAUCCGCAGCACCAAGCGGGUCAAGGCCAACGUCGAGUUCCUGCGGGGCGCUCUGAGGCUGAGCGACGCGGAGCUGCUGCAUCUGCUCCAGGGCCACGGCGCAGACAUCCUGGACCUCUCUAGCGAGUACAUCAAGAGGAACUUCCGCAGCGCCGAGCAGAAGCUGAGAUCGCUCGGCUGCUGCCAGGAGGGGGUCAAGAAAUUCAUCAUCUUGUACCCUCCAGCCCUGUACAUCUCUCCUGAGAACCUGAAGAACAAAAUAGACUGCCUCCUGGAGGGAGGGGUGGAUAUCGAGCAGAUACUGGAAAAGCCACGGGUGUUGGAUUUCAGUGCUGAGACGGUGAGGAGCCGGCUCAGGGUACUGGAGAAGGCUGGGUACGACUUUAAAAAGCAGGGGAUAGCCAUUUUAGACUCCAGCCGAAAGCGCUUUGAAGCAAAGUUAGAGAAGUUAUCGGAGCAGCCUGAAGAGUGAAAAGGAUUGAAAUCAGCCACUGCCUACUCACCUGUGCAGUCCCACAUUAGGUUUUGCAGUCUUUUCAUUAACAUCUUUUGACAGAAGGAUGGUUUUGGACAUUUAUCUUUCCUGCAUUUAAUAUUGAACAACCGAAAGACAUAAUCCAGAUAAAAAAUAAUAAAUAUCUAUUUUGAACAAUAUGUGUAUUGAUUUAGCCUGCAUGUAAAAUGUGUGCUCCUUUUGCAGGGAAAAUCAAUAGCUUCACUGCAAUAGCUUGUAAAAUAAAGUGAUUGCAGAACGGAA